AUGGCUUCUUGAAGAAUACUGGAGAGGAAUGGCAUAGUAUCUGAAAACUCUGUGCUGGUGGACAGGUGACACUUUCAGUGGUGCCAGUGACAGCCCCCUCCUCUGUGACCCCGGUACCACAACCCUGUGGGCUAGCUGGAGAAUGACUAGAAAGGGCAGGAACUUUGGUGGCCAUUUCACAUUCAGUUCUCCAGUCAUCAAUUCUCUGUCUGUUUCUGAUGAAUCCAGCAGAAAUGUCCAUAUUCUGCAUGGUUUUGCCUACAGGCUGCUUCCUGAGUGUGUGUGUUAGGGCAGGGCCUCACAACCAGGCCCUGCCACCCUGGGGAGCCCUGACAAAACCUGGCUGAAGAAGAAAGGCUUCUCCUGUACAAGAAAUAGCACUUAAUGUGUUUAAAUAUUGGCCUUUUACCACAUCACACCAACGGUUUUGGUGAACUGAAAAUGCGGCCUAGCUCAGAAGCUGCCUCUGCACUUCACAUUUUGCCUGUCACGCUCCCUAGCACAAGCAAGGGUGCUGAAAGGGACAUACAAGCUUGGAAUAUCAACAUGCUUGAUAUAUCAAGAAUACAGCUGCAGUGGCUAGGUGUCCAAGCUUUAGCUACAGACACAAGUAGAUGGGAGGGUUCAAUUUCUGAACGAACAAGUGGUGCAGUAAGUGCUACGCCGAUGUGGAAGCAGCACAUCCCCAGAGGAGUCACACUCAGAAGGAAGCCAGGAGGACUUCUCCAGCGCUCUGCAGGGAGGGGAGCUUUUAUGCUUUAAGCUUUCCUUUGGCAAGACACAGCUAAGGGUAAACACGUUUUGCCUGUUGUGUAUAGCAGCUGUGGUUUGCCAUUUCAGCAGGCCCACGGUGAAGAUGGCAGCUGGCUUUUCCACUGAGGGGCAGGCAGAGUGCCCUGUUGGGGGUUGUUACAGUGUAAGGGUCCGGGCGAGGAGGCUGGGGGAGCAUGAAAGUGCUCUGUAAUACUUAAACGGCAAAAAACAGCGGGCAAGAAAGUGCUGGACACGGGGCCCCAAUCCGCCCGAGGCACUGCGAGGCCCGGUGAAGGGAAGGGCUGGGCAGUGCCCCGAGUGUCCAGGCGCUGCCUCUUGCCGGAGGGCGGGCGGGUGGCGCAACCCGCAACUGACGCCGCAGCCAAUGGCAGCUGCCGGUGGGUCACUGUUGCUAGGUGGAACUGCGACUUUUGGCCGCCGUCAGCCGUGAGCGCAGUGCCCAAUGGUAGGAUUUUGAGCCGCACGUUGACUGCGACGCGACAGCGAGUGGGCGCUCGGCAUCCUUACCACCCAAUCAGAGCCAGGAGGGCAGAGCGCUGCGCGCUUCGAUAGGCUGCCGCAGCGGGACUGACGCGAUCGAGACCCAAUGGAAAGCGAGAAGCCUUGCGGGCGGCGCGCAGUUUGAAUCGGCGCGGGGCGGGGCGGGGGUCUCCUGGCCCCGCGCUAUGGCUGUCGAGCUGGGCGAGUGGCUGCAGCGGAGCAACUCCCGCUUCGUCGCCUCCAUCAACCGCAUCCUGGAGUGGUAUAAUCGUCCUUUUGAAGAUGAUUUUCUUAUUUCCAUGGAAACCCUCACUUUUGAUACCCCUGAUGGACCAAAACAAUGGGGGGAAGUAUCAGACAAGAGUCUUAAAAAAUGGAGGAAGAAACUACUUAAGCAUCAUACAAAAAGUCAAAGGAAUACAGAAAUGUCAAAGCAACAUGCCGGUGAUUUUGAAGAUGGACAUUCGACAGUACAUCAGGAUUUUCCUGAGAAUUCUUCUGUGGAUGUAUCUGACGCAGAUGUAGAAAGUGAUGCUGAUAUAGUUUCAGUAAGAAAAAGAUUUGAAGACACCCACUUCCAGAAUCUGGAUGUAGAUAAUGUGAAAACAUCAGAAGUAGUAAAAGUUCAAGUGGAUGUGAUAGUACAAGAUGAUGCAAGAGGAAUUCCCAAGUGGAUUAUGGCAGCACCUCAAGGAUUGUCAGAAGAUCUUCACUUAGUUUCACCAGUGCAAGAAAUGAUAGGCAACCACACCAGUGUUUUCAGAAAGAAAGUAGAGCUGACAAAUGCAUGUUCUUCAUCCAGGCCUCACCAGUUCCAAUUUUCUGGUGUCCCCAUUUCACCAAAUAUAAUAACUGUACCCAGACUUCAACCUUUUCGAGAAAUUAAUAAAAUUUGCUAUGACAGUGUCUUGGAAGAAUACCAGUCUGCAGAUGAGGAAUGUUCCUGGAGCAAUGUAACUCUUGCAGACUUGUAUCCUGCAAUGGUAGAGACGCUGAUAAAGCUCAUGACAAAGCAGAUUCGGAGAAAAGCAUUUAAAUACAUGUUUGGACACUGUAGGCACAAAAGAUGGUGUCCUAGAAGACCAAAGCUCAAUGUCACUGUAGACAAAAUAAGGAGGUUCAGACCACUUAAAUUGAAGAAAGCACUAGCCAGCAUAAGCAGUGGUAGUAAAGACAUCCAGAAUCAGACUUCAGGAAAUAAUGUAAAUGAGAAUAGUGGACCUUGUGAUGAUCAGUGUUCUAUUAAUAAUUUAUCUGGUCUGGUACCAUAUUCUUACCUAGAUACAAGUGAAAUGGAAAUGGACUGCUCUAGUUCAAGUGUAGAUCAUCAUUUGUUAUUUGGAAAGGGACAAAAAGUUCCUGAACAGACUGUUUUUCCUAAUGUUUUGGCUAGAAUGGGAGAGACGUUUGUAGUGGAAGAUCCAUUACCGACUACUGUCUCACUGAAUAAUUUGAAAUGCAACCAAAGUGGUAACUUGGCUUACAAAUUUUCUUUGGAAUACCCUUUUUUAACAUCUACCGCCAGUUCAGACUCAACAGUGCUUGAUCUGGUAAAAGAGAGUAAAGCUCAAAAAAUUGAUUGUCCUUCUGAUGAUACUUCGGGAUUUUGUUCAUCUACUUGCUAUUUCAAUGACAAUAGUAGCGCUUUUGUACCUGUCACAAAUCAUUCUCUUGCAAGAGCAUCAAAUACAUUUGUCAUAAAUCCUCAGACAAAAAUUUCUGAAAGAGAGAUUUCUUUCCAGCGCAGACACUCAUUUUCCUCGUUGUCUAUGAAGCACAGUCCUUCAAAGAUGCCCCAGAAAUAUGAAGAUGCAUUUGAAAAACUCUACUAUAAAAUAUGUUCUAAAGAAUUCCAAAAGCCUUUCACAUUGACAAAAGCGCUUUCAAACUCACAGAAGCCUGAAGAGAGAGGACGAUUAAUGAAGUAUAACUUCAGUGGGUCUGUGAGGUCCAAUAUACAGUAUGACAGAGCAUUUGAGAAGAUUUAUGAGCAAUUGUCUAGUGAGGCAGUUUCAAAACUUCCUGGUUUUCAGGGAGCUUCAAAUUUAAGGAAAUAUGAAGGAAUACAGAUAUCUGAAACUGUAAAUGCUCUUGUUAACUCACCUGUUCGAUCUUUACCUGCAAUUCCCAGAGUUAAGAGACUAGGAAAUUUUCAAAAUGAUCUUUGUUCACCAGUAAAGAAACUGAAAAAUAUACCUGAACGUUAUUUUUUUCCAACAAAAUAUCAGCAAAUAUCUCACAGGAAAAAUGUAAAUCUUCAGACAGUUGAUGUGGAUUUUUUGAGCCCAUACAAUGGCAGUAACACCAGCUUUUUUGACAGUCGCAACUGUCAGAAUCAGGACUCUGGUUUUCACGCUUCUUCAGAUAGAACUUUUCUUGUUAGUCCUGUUACUUCCCUGAAAGAAUCUGGGAUUGCAGAUGCCUGCUCUAGCUGGCAUAGGACAACACAGAAUUACAGCUGUCCUGGAGGUGCACAGAAACAUCAUCAAAAGGUAUCAAGAAAACUAAGUUACACCAAUGGAAAAGACCGAAAUCCUAGUAAUCCCUUCUAGUAAUCCCUUGGAUGAUGUCCUGGUCAAAAGUCACCAAGGAACCUUCAUGGACUGUUACAGAGAAAACAUGUUUUGUAAUCUUUGAUUUGUGUUCAUUAUUUUUUUCCAAGAAUCACAGAUCUAUUAAUAAUUUAAUAUUUAAGCAAAAGAUCCAUAGUAUGGAAGAACAUUGUUGUAAUACAUAAUUAGUCGCGAUUUAUACUUCCCUGUAAUAUAAAUUGUCAGGAGCUGGUUCCUCCCUUCUGACAGUGUACUCCUUAUUCCUUGGGCUUCAUCAGGUAUUGCAAGGAAUCAACAUUCCUUUCUAUGUCUCAGUUUAUUUAAAUUUUGUAUAUGGUAUUGUUUUUAAUAGUAGAACAUGGUUUGUAUUAUCUUUUCAUCUGCUGAGGAACUUUGCUUUUUAAUCUAUUAAUGCUACAGUUUUAAGUUCUGUGUCCGCUUAAUUCCCACCCACCCCCUUCCUGCUUUAUAGAUAUGUCAGUACUAAAUGUAUGAAAGAAAUCUAAACCGGACUGGAUGGUCCAAAUGCAGUAUCAUACACCCUAACUUUUAAUAACUUUUAAUAUGCCUGCUAUGCAAUUUUAGUGUGUAAUCUUCUAAGUAGCUCACCAGAUUUGAUUGUACAAUAAAAUUUUAUACAAUAAUAGAUUUGAUCUCUAUGUUCUCACCAAGUUCUAACUGACAUACUAUAUAUUCUAAAUAAAUACAUGCUCUGAAC